AUGUUCUCUAUGGUCGAUUACUACAACGAUAUGGGGCAGUUCGAGCAGGAUAGCGCCGCCAAAUCCUCUCCAACCACGGCAACGGAUUUGGACCAUGUGACUAAGGUGAUCGCCUACCAUCCCCGCUACUUUAACCACUUUCUCAAAACACAGCGCUUUGUAAUGCAGUCCGAUGGCCCGUUACCGUACGACUACAGAAACUACAUCGCAAUCAUAGCCGCUGCCCGGCACAAGUGCACGUACCUGGUGAACCUCUACGAGGAUGUAUUCGUGGCGAAUGGAGGCGAUCCGAAGUGGCUGAACGGACUCGAGCACAUCCCGGCCAAACUACGUGCCAUUGCGGACAUCAACAAAAUACUCGCCCACCGCCCCUGGCUUCUAAACAAGACACACGUGGAGCGACUAACGAAAGGACAAAACAGUUGGUCGUUGUCGGAGGUGGUGCAUGCGAUCGUGCUGCUCGCCCACUUUCACUCCCUCUCGUCGUUUGUCUUCUCCUGCGGCCUGACACAGGAACUAGACGCCGUUACUAGUCACAAAGUAGAAAACAACAACACCCUCACCCAGAAGACUGCCUUCGAUAGUCUAGACGAUCUGUACAAUGCUCAGCAGCCGCUCGAACUUUUGCCACAACACGCAGAUGAUGGGAAUAUCCGUCCAGAGGUAACGGUCGAUGCGCUGAUGCAGCGUAUGAAGCGACUGUCGGAGAAGAACGAUGAGUGCAGCGAAACCGAGCUCAGCAAUCGCUUCAAGCACGUCGAGAUGCAGACGGCCGAACUACCGGCAGUUGUGCGAGAGGCACCCACCGAGGUGCCGCAGCAGAUUGGGCGCUACGUCGACGAUCCCAGCUUCAUGUACCAGGACUUUGCGAGGCGAGGGGCGGAAAACAUUCCGCAAACGUUUCGGAUACAGGACUACUCGUGGGACGACCACGGAUACUCGCUAGUGAACAGGUUGUACAAUGAUGUAGGUUUCUACCUUGACGACAAGUUUCGUGCCGCGUACAAUCUGACGUACUACACGAUUGCUGGUCGCAAGAAUGUGGAUACAUCCAAGUUUCGCCGUGCCAUCUGGAACUACAUCCAAUGCAUCUUCGGCAUCAGGCACGACGAUUACGACUACGGUGAGGUGAAUCAGUUGCUCGAUCGCUCGCUGAAAAUGUUCAUCAAGACCGCUUGCUGUUUCCCGGAGCGGAUCACUAAACUGGACUACGAUAAUGUGCUGGUAGAGCUACAGCAUAGUGAGAAGGUGCACAUCAAUCUUAUGAUCUUGGAAGCCCGAAACCAGGCGGAGCUGCUGUAUGCCUUACGAGAAAUUAUGCGAUACAUGACAUGAUGAACGCGGCGGCCGUCGCCACUCGCAGCAAAGAAGAAGUGCCUUGGCCAGUAGCGAAAGAAGUUUCGAUGAUAAUGCGUGAUAUGAGAUAUGAGGAUGCGUGGCGACGGGAGACAUUUUAUAAAACAGUCAAAGCCAGAUACAUAUUCAGUUAUCGUUUUGUUUGUUCCCAAACGAAGAGUGUAGGUCUGCGAAUUACAAACUUUGUUGGCUCCUGUUGAGUCGCUGUUUUUGUUGUUGAUUCACAGGAACGUGUUGUGCGAUUCAAAGCGUGUAGACGAGUGAGAAAACCAGGUGUGCAAUGAGCAAGCAGAGUGAUGAAAAGAGGUUGUUGCAAGCAACAGGAAAUGGGCAGUGUGCCACACUUGUUCGUCAGCAUGCGUGCGGAUAUUUAGAAGGGUGAUAUAGUUUUAAUACACUUUGAGAGGUACCUUUUAUUUGCUUUUUGUAAGUCGUGCUAGAUUUUAACAAAAUCAAAAUGAAAACCUACCAAACUUUAGGUCACAGCGAAAUGCAAUAAGCGCUAGUACGGCAAACGGCCGUUUUAUGUCACGAAUAAGGUUUCGAAUGCCAGUAAAGCUUGGACAUGCUUUCACCGUAACUUCAGGACAAGCAAGAGAUCAGCCGUACACAGAACAGUCGAACGUGGGAAUGCCAAUUAUCCCGAAAGUUGAACCUUUAACAAAACGGUAGUGCAAAUUGAAACAGUACGUGUAUCUUGAUAGCGAAUGCAAAGUUUAAGAACAGGUCUUGAAACGAUAAAAAGUCGGAAUGCAAUUUAGAAAUCAUUUACGUGAUAGUUGACAGAGAGAUAACGUUUUGAUUCCAGAUCACGAUUGCACCGCAAACAACCUAUAAACCAGAAUUGCCUCUAAGCCGACGCGUAUCCGCCAUGCAUUUCAUGCAUGCGUUUUGAUGCCAGUUUUCUUUAUUUCUAUUCUUUUGGCUUCGAAAUACGAUGUUCUAUGUCCUAUGUGGCGUCGAAAAAAAAAUUCUUCUCGGUUUUAUAUUAAAUAUUUGCUCUCAUGGAAAAAACAAAUUUCGAAAAGUAUAACAUUAGUGUGAUUUGCUAAGCUUAACGAUAAACAAAUUUGGAAUGCGUCGCCAGAAUUAAAUAGUGGCACUUAUGCAAGCGAAAACCUGCUCUGAUCUCACUGUGAUAAGGUUUCUCUUUGCUUUCCACUAGGCGUACCCAUUCUGACGUCAGCUGAUAUGAUACAAAUUCAAUAAAAAAAGUCAUUCAAACUGCCAGGGUUUAAUUUUAGCAGAGCAUCGUAAGCGAAUCUUCUGUAAUUUCAAGAAAUGCUUUAUAGGGUUCAUUAGUUAUUAGCGUAAGUUUGUUUGAAGCAGAUUCCGCUGGUAACAAAUACAACUGCAUUAUAGCGCACAAACUAAUAGAUACGUUUGUUAUGUAACCAUACAGGAAGACCAAUCGUUCAUGUUAUGUAAUUGUAACGUUUAACAGUUUUUAUUGAAACCCCAUUGGUUCCGUUGACUCAGUUCUUAUGACUGAAGGUAAUUAGAUGCGCUAGCUUUGGAUUUCGUACUUCAUCACCAUGUACGCGGUAACGGAGAACAUGAUAUUAAUUUUGUUUCAUUUUGUCCUGUUUGGUUGAAAGAUCUUACCACAUCUCAAACUGGCAAGCAGAAGGACCCAAGCGAAACUAUAUGCUAGUCUACGGUUGAGAAAAGCAAUCAUCAAAUUAUGUUUUUAUAGGUACCCUUUUUAUGUUGCAAUACGGAAAGGUGCGGGUGCAAUGAAUGAUGAUUUGAUGAUAGGGGAUUGGUAAUUCGUACCGCAACACCUGCAUCAAUCUCUAUGUCUAGCUUUGGAUGUGUAUUACUUAAAAUUUGUAGAACAACUACCGAAGGCCGUUUGUCGUUCAACACGUUUUAAAAUUCGUUUUCCACUGUUUCGAAAAGCAAAUGUUCAAAAUACACAUGAAUUACAUCAAAAAGCGUUAAUCGUGUUGUCGUCGUUAAUCGCCAAGAACGCUAGUGGGCGAUCGUGAUGCAAGCAAACUGUUUUUUUAAUAAAAAAAAUCCACUGUAAAACUAUACAGGUUUUAUUUUUGUAAAUCAUCGCCAUCGCAUGUUUUCUAUCGCUGGUGUAUCGCAUAAGACGAAUAAACACAUUUUAUUGUGUAGGGCUCGUUGUUAUCGCAAUAGACAGACAAAGAAAACCGAACCACAAAGCGUUGUGGUACCCGAUAUGUGAUUUUAUUUGUGCCAAAAGAAAUAAACAAAAGCAAGUUGUGCAACUCGCGACAUAAUACAGAUAUGUGAAAUCGAAUGUUAGAUUCAUCGAUAGAAUCUACGAGUCUGCUUUAUGCUCCGAUAUAGUAUUUUUAUAAUGGUGCACUACGUUAUCUAAUAAACAUAGCAUUUAUGGGAACAAAAUAGCAGUCUCAAGAGGAGAUCAAUGUUAUGGUUUUAUGUCUACAGUGCCUUUAAGGUCAAUCUGUGCAAGCAACCGAAAACCCCUACCGAUAAUGAAAAUAUUAUCUUGUGUGACCGUCUUACAAGAGGCGUAUCGAUCAAUCAAAAUCAGAUAUUACCGGCAACGCACUUGAUGCCAAACGAAAUCAGAAAAAAUGUGUAUUGGGAACUUGCAGCGAUGUACAAAAACAAAAUGUUCAAUAAAUAACGCAUCGUUGGACAUAAACAUGUUACAAUCAUUUCAUAAUGAAAUACGAAUUCUACAGACGUAUGUAGAUUAGACGAGAUGAUAUCAAAUUUAGGU